AUUGUUCUGAAUCACUCCGGAAACAAAGCAAAACGCGACUCUGGCUGAUCAGUACUCCAUUCGCCGCACCUCUCGUCAUGAUGAUCGAGCUGCGAUUACCUAGUACGCUCGCAACCUUUACGUUCCUCGAAGCUCUUUGUUACAUCUGCCCUCUGGGUUUCCAAUGACGCUGUCAAGUCAGGAUAGCUACAAUCACCCCUUCCUCCCCGUACAGCCCACGCCCACCAACGCCCAUCCGAUUUUACCGAUAGGCCGAACAACAAGAGGAAUCUAGACGCGUGGAGAUGACCUCCAACGUGUUCCGUGUUACACUGGCAUCCCGUCGCCGAGGCCGCGUCGCUUGUGUUCUCGCAUACCAUGAUUACUGUUGGACGCUACAGCAGACAAUGCAAGACAGACUGACGGUCGUUAAUUCCGCCGCCCAUUGUCCUCAGGCCUCACAUGUCCGUCCGAGCUUUGCGUUACACAAUCAUUAUCGGCAUCCACCAGUACACUGUGGACGAGAAGUGGACGUUAUCUUCUUUGCGUCGUGAUGCGGCAUCGACGGCUUUGAGAUGCUUUGUCACCGCAAUCAGCCAGCCGAGGCAUCACCUGACCGCGUCAUUCCCGUCGCCCCUGAACAUACCCUCAGACGAGGUAGAUUAGUUGCUGUAGGUUGAAUCAUAAAAUGACAUUGCAUCGAUGCUCCCAAGGUCUCCAGUUCUGCCGCGCCACGUUAUCGGCAUCUCAGUCCUCUGUCCCCC